AUGGCGCGUUUUUUCGGCCUACGCGGCUCAAAGCUGCACUUGGCCAUUUGGAUGGAGGCCUGCUUCGCCGUCGUCAUCUUCGGCUACAAUCAGGCCAGUGCCGGUGGCGUGCUUGGUGAUCCGACCUUCAGUCUUCAGUUCCCCAGAAUGAAUACUAUUUCCACCACUGGAUCUCUCCAGAAAUACAAUGCCAGGAUCCAAGGAACCGUUGUCGCCUUGUAUACUUUGUUCGGUGUCUUUGGUGCUCUUGGAUGCACUUUCCUUGGGGAUCGACUAGGUCGUCGAAAGACCAUCUUUUUCGCCAGCGUUGUCCAGGGUAUUGGCGCUAUUCUCCAAGCUUCCUCCUUUGCCUUCGGCCAGUUUAUCGUGGGAAGAAUUGUGCUCGGUCUGGGCACGGGCGGUAUCAUUGCAACAGUCUCGGUCUGGCAGUCAGAAGUCUCCAAAGCUGAGAAUCGGGGUGAGCACGUUUCUGCUUUUGGAAUCUUCUGCGGCUCGGGGCUUGCUUUGGCCCUGUGGAUUGCCUUUGGCAUGUCCUAUACACAGCCCAGCUCUGUCUCAUGGCGAUUUACACUGAUAUUCACUCUGUUUCUAUCGAUCCUGGUGUGCUCGUUUAUCUUUUUCUUGCCCGAGAGCCCUCGCUGGCUCUGCAAGGUGAAUCGCUGGGAGGAGGCCAGAGAGAUUCUGGGGCUCCUCUACGAUGUCGAGCCCCACGGCGAGACGGUCAACAAAGAGAUUGAAAGCAUCCAAAUUUCCCUGGAACGCGCCCGCAAAACAAACAUAGGUGCUAUGUUCAAGAUGGGUCCCCAAAGGACCUUCCACCGCGUGGUUCUUGCCGCUGUCGCUCAGAUUUUCUUGCAAAUGACCGGCGUCAAUUCCAUUGCAUACUACGCCCCAAGUAUCUACCAGGAGCAGCUCCACUUCAGUCAUACGACUUCAGCAAUUCUGGCCGCAGCAUCGCAGCUUGUCAUGGUGCUCGGGGCUUUCUGCUGCUCAUAUACCGUAGAUCGCUUUGGUCGUCGAAAGCUCAUGAUCCUCAGCGCCUCGGGCAUGUCGAUAUGUUUUGCUUGCCUUGCAGGUCUGACGUCACAAGCAACUAAUUCGGCUGCAUUGAAGGCGGCUGUGUUCUUUCUAUAUCUCUACUUCUUCGUCUACGUUCUCGGCUUCUUGGGGCUGCCUUUCCUCUAUGCCUCAGAGAUCGCCCCAACGCAUCUUCGGGCAGCCACGUGUGGUCUCUCCACCGCAGUCUCCUGGCUUUUCAACUUCCUGGUCGCCGAGGUCACCCCCGUGGCGUUUACCGACAUUGGCUGGAAGUAUUUCAUUGUCUACUGCUGCCUGAACGCGGCUUUCGUGCCCACAAUCUACUUUUUCUUCCCGGAGACAGCUGGUCGCUCGCUUGAAGAGAUUGAUACAGUCUUCGAGGCCACAACUUCGAUUUUCGAUGCCGUGUCUGUAGCCAACAAGCUGCCCAGGCGCGACUACAGUGCGUUUCUUCGGGAGGAGAAGGGGGAAAUCGAUAGCGAAGGAAAGAGUGCGGACGCUGUUCAUGUCGAGGUUUGA